GUUUUACAAAAAUACAGCGCAGUCGAGCGCGUAUACUCGGCGGCGGUUCGUUGUGUAAUAUAUCGCGUUCGCGAUAACGGCUCGACGAAAUCGACACCCCGGGGUCGAGGGUGGUAUUUUGUGCGACGGGUAACGGUGAAUCCGUGCCGGGACAGCGCAUCGUCGUGAACGCGCGCCAGGGACUGAUAAAUGAGUUUGCAAGAUAGCCUGUUCUCCGAAGAUGUCGAAGACGACGUGACCACUUUCGCGAGGAGUAAGACGCGCAAGAGAGCGCUCGUCUUUCCGCCCGUGAACAACUAUCGCCGAUUCAUAAUACACCAGCUGGUGCAGGAGCGUUUCUCGGAGCUGCUGCACACGUUCUCGAUCGGCCAGGGCGCGGACAGGCGUACCGUGAUAUGCUACAAGAGCGACUUGAGAAGUGACUGGGAGCCGAAACCGAAUGCCCCUGAGCCGAAGGUGAGUCCUCCGGCUGCGAGACAAGUGGAUACGACUCGCAGGAUGGGUGUCGAAGGCCGACGAUCGUCCUCGACGUCUCCGGAACACGCGCAAAUACAGCGACAAGCCAAAUCGGUACCAGCGGUCGAAAUCUACAGGCCGCCAGCAGCUAGGAGAGCCUAUUGCUCGCAGAUGAGCGGCCCACACGUGCAAGUACAGCCGACUACGGAUUCCCCUUCGGUCAGAAAUACCCGGCAAAGACGGCCCGACCGAGCAGUUUAUAUACCCAGGCACCGAAGGAGUCUAGAAGCCGAGGAGAAGAGGCCGCGAAGCCAAAAAUCUUGUACAAAUUACGCCACACCGAACAAAGAUCCAAAUACGAAUAAUAAUUCCAAAGCGCAAGAUGCGUGCUGCAUCCAGCAAAGUAUAGGCGACUUGAAUUCGGAUAACAAGGUGUCCGAGAGUCACGUUACGAAGAUCGAGGAUAAUCGAUUGCCAGGAGAUAUUUCGGAGGAUGUGGUUCCCGUAGAUUCCGGCGAGACCUUCAGUCACGAGACGCGCGAUCCGUGCAUAAUUGCCGAACGUACGCGUGAACUGCCGGAAGUACCGAAGGAGGAUGUGCCAAUUUUAGCGAAACGGAUGGAAUCCAUGGCGACUAGUAGCCUUAACGAAAGUAACACUGAUCUCAGUCUAUCAGAGCCACCCGAUAAGAUUGAAGCGGACGAUCGACAUGAAUUAGAAACGACGCAGCCAACCGUGCUGGAGAACCAGCCAGUGGCGGAGCGUUUAAGUGGCAACGAUACGACGAGCGAUAAGGACGAACGAUUGGUCGGGCGGAACGUGAUAUCGGACGUCCUGGUCAUUUCUGACGCCGUCGAGAAGAAACCGAAACACACCGAGCAAGUUCCUGCGAUUCUAACGUCGCCCGAGAAAAAAGUGAAGAAGAUCGAGAGACCGAAGAGCAAACCAGCCCCGCCACCUUCUCCGCCGUUGAAGAUAAACAGAGACGAGUGCGAUUGGGACAGUUUGUUCGACGAUAACGGCGAUUGUCUGGACCCGACGCUAAUAGAAGAGCUUACGUCGGCAGUAGGUGAGGUAAUGGUGGAACAACCAAAGAACGAUUACAAGGCGUACAGCAAACAGGUUCAGGUGUCUAGUGACGAGUUCGCACACGUUGUGGAGAUCUACAAUUUUCCCUCCGAGUUCAAGACUAGCGAUCUGGCGGCCGUUUUCAGCCCAUUCCGAAACGGUGGUUUCGAACUCAAGUGGGUGGACGACACCCACUGCUUAGGAGUCUUCAGCAGUCCUCUCAUCGCCGCCGAAGUGUUAGCGUCCAAUCAUCCAUUUGUGAAAACGAGACCACUCAGCGAAGCUAGCGCUUUGAGCAAAACGAAGGCGAGAAAAAGCGCGGAAUUUUUGCAACCUUAUAGGAAUCGUCCCGAGACGUGCGCCGCCUUAGCUAGGAGAUUAGUCACGGGUGCGUUGGGCGUGAAGCUCGCCACGGCUAGGCAAGAACGCGAGCACGAGAAGAACGUAUUGCGCGAGGCGAAAGAAAAGAGACGAUUAGCCAACAAACAACGAGAAGACGUCUGGGAAGGCAUAAUACCCGGGAAGUAGCAUUUCGUCCUACUCACAUGGGAAUAUUCAUAAGGAUCGUUUGUACCUCCUCGUAUUACACACUUUGUACAUGUCAUCGCGGCUGCGUAGUUGAUGUAGUUCACAUGACUCGCGUAGUGUUAUUCUCGUACCAGCACGGUCAAUGACGCUUAAGUCCGGACCUACAAUAGGUGUAGUAGGGCCUUUAUCUCUAAGCAAUCAAAUGUGACGUAUUCUUUAAGACGCUGCCAAAAAGUCGUAUUAAUAUUUAAAUCUUAGGAAUUGCGACCUCCGGUGGCGCUGGAAAAGCUUUUGCUGGGAAUAACGAUUUAGCGCUUAGAGCAAAGGGUUCAUCUAUUGUAGAUCCAGCCUGGUGGAUAUGCGCUGAAUGAACGAACAGCGAGCUUUCAACGCUGCAUUUCGGAGAACGCGCAUGUCGGAGUGGAAUCUGUCAGAGAUCGGCCGAUCGAAGAUCCGCUUGUAAAACGACGCAUCGAAGAAAGCCUACGCGAUACGAAGAUGUCUGACAUCGUUGUGCUUUUGUUUUCCCGUUCCAAACCAGCAACUGCAAUAAACCUUGCCUUUCCUGCGUUUUUUGCACCGCAUGCGACGAGUGCCGAAUCUAAUCGUAAGCAAAUGUUCGAUGUGCAGAGAGAGAGAGAGAGAGAGAGAGAGACGGACAGACGACGAACGUCGUUUCGUUCGUUUGUUCGUUCGCUCGGCGUAUACUCCUUUUGAGAUCGCAGGCGCCCUUACGAAGCGUCUGCACGUACAGUUGUGCCUUACUUAUUUAUCCUUUGAGUUCUAGUUACAAAUAAACGAUUUAUCAAACACACAAACACAAACAUACGUGCAUGAAUACAUUUGCUAAUUCAACAAGUCGGCUCUGACAUCCGCGAUGAUUUGUCAGCAGAUGAUUCAGUAUACACACACAGAAGAUAGCGCGACCGUUAAAUUAUCUGAUCAUUUAUGAUAUCGAAUAGUUAUCUCUUUUACAUACUCGGGUAAGAUGAUGAUAUUUUUACGGAUAACGUUUUAUAAGCGUAUCAGCAUGAAGAGACAGCCGAGGCUGAAAAAUAUCGGCGGUACGCCCUUCGACACGAGAGAGAGUGCAAUUUUUUUUACAACCGACGUGAAAAAACGAAGCUAAUGCGUUUAGUAGUUGACACUUGUAACAUUUUUAGAAAAAUGAGAUAUUUUGUAACGUUAUUAUCUCGACGGCUGUCACGAUGUUAUGAGUUUAUACGCGACAAACCGAGUGAUAAUGUGUAGUGCAGUUUUAAUCGCGAGACAAUAAGUUAAGAUGCAGUUAAGAAGUAACAUGCGACCCUUUCACGUAUACAUCGAUUCGUAGCGAUAUAUCAAAAAUACAUCUUCGCAAGAUCUUGUAUAGUCCGAUGACAGAACUUGAUAUAUUUAUCAAAAAGAUGGUAGCAUUAUAA